AUGGGAGGUGACGCAGCUGUCCUAAACGCCACACGGAAUGUUAUGGCCAACAACUCCACAAAAUUAAUAGAUGAGUCCACUUUUGCCGGACCGGUGAUGGUUAUUCUGGCGGUGAUGAUGGUCACGUUGGUAGUUGUGACGAUCUCGGGCAACGCGCUGGUCAUAUUUGCCUUCAAAGUUGACAAAAGUUUAAGGAGGCAAAGUAACUAUUUUUUCUUGAAUUUGGCGAUAUCCGAUUUUCUUCUUGGUGUUUUCUGCAUUCCUGUGUACAUCCCAUACAUCCUCUCUGGUCGAUGGAUGUUGGGUAGGGGACUGUGUAAGCUGUGGCUGGUAAUGGACUACUUGCUGUGCACUGCGUCAGUCUUCAACAUCGUCCUCAUCAGCUAUGAUCGUUUCCAGUCUGUUACCCAAGCGGUGUCUUAUCGUGCGAAACAAGGGAUGAGCAGGCCAGCUCUUGGGAAGAUGAUUGCAGUGUGGGUGCUGGCGUUCCUUCUCUAUGGACCGGCCAUCCUCUUCUGGGACCUGGUGUCUGGUCAGAGCUGUGUGCCCAAGGAGGAUUGCUUUGCAGAGUUCUACUACACUUGGUACUUCCUGCUGAGCGCUUCCGUACUGGAGUUCUUCUGCCCGUUGAUCUCAGUGGCCUUCUUCAACCUCAGCAUCUACUUGAACAUCCGCCGGAGGAGACUGGGCAGUGCCAAGCCCCGGGCCACGGCCAAGGCAGAGGUCUCCUCCCCGGCCGAGAGCGUCCGGCUCUCCUCUCUCCUCUACCGCCACUCCCCGCUUUUCACGUGCAAGAAGGCGGCGGCAGCCGCGGUGGCCCAUGAGGAGGAGGACAGGGGCUCGCUGGGAUCGCGGGCGUCGUCCCCGCCAGAGAGCCGCGUGGGGAGCUGCGGAGGGCCUCGGCGCGGCUCGCGGCUCAGCCGUGACAGGAAAGUGGCCAAGUCGCUGGCGGUGAUUGUGUGCGUGUUCGCCGUGUGCUGGGCGCCCUACACGCUGCUGAUGAUCAUACGGGCGGCCUGUCAGGGCCACUGCAUUCCUGACCACUGGUAUGAGGUCUCCUUCUGGCUCCUCUGGAUCAACUCGGCCAUCAAUCCCUUCCUGUACCCGGUGUGCCACAGUAGUUUCCGCCACGCCUUUGCCAAGAUCCUGUGCCCGGGACGGAGGAAGUCCAGCAGACAUCUCGGCAAACCUCCUUAG